CAGUUGACUUGGUAGGUUUUGCUUUUGGUCUCUCUAUAACUCAAUUUGUUCUCAACUUCUACACUUGUUGAUCACCUCCUGCACCAUGGCAUUGGAACUUGUAGGUGGAGCUUUCUUAGAGGCUGGCUUUGCUGCUUUGCUUGGAAAGAUAGCAUAUCCUGCAGUAGUUGCAUUCUUCCAGAAAAAUCAAAGCAGUGUCACGUUGCUCAAGAGGUUGAAGAUCUCUUUGUUGUCCAUUGAUGUUGUGCUCAGUGAUGCAGAAGAAAAUCAAAUAACAAAUGCUUAUGUGAAAGAAUGGAUGGAAGAACUCAAAGGUGUUGUCUUUGAUGCUGAUGAUGUAAUGGAUGAGAUUUGUACUUAUGCAAAGAUAAGUGAGGUAAAAGUCAACAACCCUGAUUUUAUUACUCCUUUUAAUUUGCAUGUUGCUGAACUUGAACAGAAAGUAGGAGACAUCAUUGAAAGAUUAGACUUUAUCAUAAAACAAAAAGAUAUGCUUCAACUGCAAAUGGUUAAAGAAGUUAAAAUUCCACCAAAGGUUCCAACUUCAUCGGUAGUGGGAUCAAGUGAUGUGUAUGGUAGGGAUGAUGAUAAAGAGGCUUUGAUGAAGUUGCUGUUUUCUGAUGAUCCGGAAGGUGAAUGUAAUAUAAGUGUGAUUCCUAUAGUUGGUAUGGGGGGAAUUGGAAAAACCACCUUAGCGAAGUUUGUAUACAACGAUGAAAGAGUGCAGAGGGAAUUUGAUAUCAAAGCUUGGGUUUACGUGUCUGAGAAGUUUGAUGUUAUCAAGAUUACGAAAACCCUUGUGGAAGAGAUCACUUUAUGCAGUUGCAGUAUUGAAGAGUUGAAUUUACUCCAACGAGAUUUGAAGAAAAGGUUGUUGAAGAAAAAGUUUUUGAUUAUCUUAGAUGAUGUUUGGAAUCAAAACUACAUUAAAUGGGAAACUUUGAAGAAUCCGUUUGUGUACGGGGCUCCGGGAAGUAAGAUUAUAGUAACAACGAGAAUUGCUCACGUGGCAUCAAUUAUGCAGACGGUUAAGCCUUAUUAUCUUUCAGAGCUGAGUGAUGAUGAUUGUUGGAUGCUGUUUUCGAAACAUGUGUUCGGAUAUGCAAAUUCAAAUGCUCAUCAGAAUUUAAGAAAUAUCGGUAAAAAGAUAAUUAAGAAGUGCAAAGGAUUGCCUUUGGCUGUGAAGACACUUGCAGGACUUUUGAGAUCUAAAGAUGAUACAAAGGAAUGGUACAAAGUACUGAACAGUGAGAUAUGGGAUUUGCAGGAUGAUGAGAGUAACAUUCUUCCAGCUUUGAGGUUAAGUUAUCAUUAUCUUCCAUCAAAUGCGAAGAGAUGUUUUGCUUAUUGUUCAGUUUUUCCAAAAGAUUAUGAGUAUGAGAAGGAGAAGUUGAUCUUACUGUGGAUGGCAGAAGGUUUGCUGCAACAACUGAGGAGACACAAGAGAAUUGAAGAAGCUGGAGAUGAGAUCUUUAGUGAACUAGUGUCUAGAUCGUUUUUUCAGCAAUCGAAACGCAAUAAGUCGUGUUUUGUAAUGCACCAUUUUGUAAAUGAUUUAGCUCAACUUGUAUCUGGAAAAUUUUCGGUCAGGGUGGAAGGAAAUUAUGAUCAGGUGGAAGAAAGUGCUCGAUAUUUGCUGCAUUUGAUUGCACGUAAAUUCCCUGCCGCACAUUGGAAGACUAUUAGCAAAGCUAUUCAUCUAAGAACCUUCAUGGAAUUAAGAUUGGUCGAUAAAUCUGUGAGCUUUAUUGAUGAGGUUCCACAUGACUUGUUGAUCAAGCUAAAAUGUUUAAGGGUGUUAUCUUUGGAUGGCAUCUAUCUUAAAGGGUUGCCUGAUUCAGUUACCGAGUUAAUACAUCUUCGGUAUCUAGAUCUUUCUGGGGCUAAAAUGAACAUGUUGUGGGAAAGCAUCGGUGGUUUGUACAAUUUGGAAACUCUGAAGCUAGUUGGAUGUUCUAACCUACAACAACUUCCUAAAGACUUCCAUAAGCUGGUUAGCCUGCGUUACUUAGAUAUUACUCGUACGCGUUUGAAAUGGAUGCCAUUGCAUAUGAAUGCAUUGACAAACCUACAAAAUCUAAGCGACUUUUUUGCAGGAAAAGAAUAUGGAUCUUCAAUUGGUGAGCUAGGAGAAUUAUCUGAUUUACAUGGAUCAUUGUUCAUUCACAAUUUCGAACACGUUAGCUUUGUGGAUUCAGGAAAGGCCGUGUUGAGUAAAAAGGAAUUUCUUGAGAAGUUAGUUUUGGAGUGGAACGAGAAUGGUGAUACUGAUAAUUCACGGCAAGAAAAAGACAUACUAGAGAGGUUAGAACCCCAUACAAAUCUUAAAGAGCUUUCUAUAUAUAACUAUCUAGGGACAGAAUUUCCUAAUUGGGUGGGAGACUCUUCUUUCUGCAACUUGUUGUUCAUGGAUCUUAAGGGUAGCAAAUACUGCUAUAAAUUACCUCCACUUGGACAACUUGGUUCUUUGAAAGAGCUACGGAUUUCUCAAUUCGACGGAUUAGUGAGUGUGGGAUCUGAGUUUUAUGGGGAUGCAACUCAGAGCUUUGGCUCCUUAGAAACUCUUAGGAUUGAGAACAUGUCAUCGUGGGAGGAAUGGCAGCAUCCUAAUGAGGCUAACAAAGCUUUUGCAGUACUGAAAGAACUUCAUAUAAAUAGUUGUCCUAGAUUGAUAAAAGAUUUACCUAUUAACCUUCCAUCUUUGACAUUACUUGUCAUCAGAGAUUGCAAGAAGCUCGUUUCUUCACUUCCAACAACUUCUUCGGCUUUGCGGGUGCUUAACAUUGACAACUGUGGGAACUUAAAAUUCCCAGCACGUGUUUAUCAGUUUCAUCAGACACUUACAUCCUUUUACAUACACAAUAGUUUUGAUUCACUCAAGCUAUUGCCUUUAGAUAUAUUUCCCAAACUCAAGUCCCUGGAUGUUUCUGGUUGUAAGAAUCUGGAAGCAUUUACAGUCUCGGGAAUCCGUCGUCCAAUUCUUGCAUCCCUGCGUUCCUUGUUCAUAAGUAACUGUCCAAAGUUGGUAACCUUUCCACUAGAAGGGUUCUUCGCCCCAAAGCUCACGUUGUUGAAUAUUGACUACUGCGAGGAGCUCAAGUCCCUGCCCCUGAAAAUGGAUCUGCUUUUGCCAGGCUUGAUAGAACUCCAACUGUGGAGAUGCCCUCAAAUUCAGCCAAUUGAGAAGUGGCCAUGUGAUUUAAGAUCAGUCAGAAUCUGGAACUGUGACAAACUCAUUGCCCGUCACUUAGAGUGGGAUCAAUCCAAUCCUCUCCAUUUGACAGACUUUACAAUGUCGGGGGCUUUCACUGUCAAAUCUGAAGAGUGCUGCUCAACAGUUGCCAGUUCAACUUUUGGCUCUGGUAGGCGAGCACUAUCAAGCUCUUCUCAGAAAAAAUCAUUUUCUAAAAUAGUAUUCAGAUGAUGGACUAUUACAGGUUGUUAUUUCGCUAUUGUAAAGCCACUCAGGUUGAUUCAAUACUGCUGAGCUGAUCUCCAUGCCCUUCACACAUGUUUCCUAUUCUUCAGCCUUACGGAAUACUAGUCAGCAUAUUGAUUUGAUCUUCAUUUCUAACACUUUUCUUGAUUUAUUGUUGUGAGUGUUGUUAUCAUUCACGAAGGAUGUGAAUUUUACCUGCAUAACACAGUUGAUUUUUGAGUUUUAUAUGUGAAUUAUGAUUGCCUUUGUCUUGGAAACAAUGAUAUGCAAUGCCAUAGCUAGUCAUUACUAGGGCUUUUUAUAUUGUCAAAAUCAUCUUCCAGGUGAUCGAAUCGAACUUUCAUUGUUUCAAUUGACUGAGAGAUAAGCAUAUUAUUUUCAUAAAUUGGCAGCACCUCCAACUCUUCUUCUUUGUUGAGGCAACCUUAAAUCAACACCGUCCUUCUUAAUACUAUGAAAGAAUAUGACAAGCAUAUUAAUUUCUAUUGAUUGAGAGAUUUUCAUAAAUCAGAGGCAACCUUAUCAGUUCCAAAUACCAGAAAAAUCAAUGCAGUUCUUUUCAAUACACCCGCUUUUUCCUUGUUUCAUUUUUUUUUUAAAAUCUGCUCUAUAUUCGCCAUUUUUCAAUAUCCUUAAAUUUUAAGUGAAAUGUCGACCAACCUUGAUUGCAUGCCAAUGCUACCACUAGCCGAACAGUCUCCAAACUUGCUAUUGGAGCAAAUAUUUAAGAGUAGUUGAACCCUACUAUUUGAAGAAAUCCUCGAGCUACUAAUCUUGCUU